AUGUUCGGUUCGUUCAUGGACCGCAGACUAAUUGUUACGGCCAGUUGGCCUAUACUGCUCAUCUAUCUUCUCAGUACAUUGGCACCGGUCCCGGUGAACGCACAACGUGAUUGUCGCAUGGAAGAUGGUCGCGUUUUGCGUCCCGGUGAAGAGGUACGAUUAGCUUCAUUGCCUUGUGUCACGUGUAAGUGUGAUGGUAGCUCCGGGCAGGUUGACUGCCAGACAGAAACUUGUCCGGCUCUGGAAUGCGGCGCAGAUGAAGGACAGUUGCUCGAGGCCGGCGCGUGCUGUCCGACUUGUAUUAGCUUUAAACUCCUGUCGCUCAUCCGACCCCACAUUCAGGAACCAGCACGACCAAGGCCUACACCGCGCACUUACACUGAAAUGCCGGAUACUACAAAACCGACAACGACCACCCCUAGACCAACAACAACAACCACACCUAGACGCACUCCACCACCGACCACUACUCCGCUCACACUACCAGAAGGUCCACCCGGUUUGAGAGGACCUAAUGGACCACCAGGACCACCCGGUCCUCCAGGAGAUCCUGGUUUGGAUGGUGACAAUGGUAGGCCGGGUAUGCCUGGCCAGCCUGGACCGCCACCCCAAGAUGUGGAGAGUCAAAUGGCUCGUGUACGAUCCAUGGUCAAGGGACCGGUUCCGGAAAAUGUCUCCAUGUACCAGGACAUUCGAGUAACUAUGGGACCACCUGGUGAACCUGGCCCUCCCGGCUUCCCUGGUGUCAUUGGUAUCACUGGCCCAAUCGGACCACCAGGUCCAGUUGGUGAUCCUGGUCCUCCAGGACCACCUGGUUCACGAGGUCAUCCGGGGCCAGCUGGUGACGAUGGUCGGGCGGGACCAAUGGGACAGCCUGGUUUGAAAGGAGCUCGUGGUCCUCCUGGGUUACCUGGAGCUCGUGGUCCUCCUGGGUUACCUGGUGCGGCAGGAGAAACGGGAAUCAAAGGUCCUGUUGGAUUGCGUGGUGAACGCGGGGAACGAGGAAUUACAGGAAUUAAGGGAAUGAUUGGUGACGAUGGUCUGAAAGGUCUGAGCGGUCCUCCUGGUCCCAAAGGUGCUGCUGGUCUCCGUGGUCAANAAGCAGGUCCGAGAGGAUUUGCUGGGCCUCAAGGACCUCCGGGAAUUGAAGGUACUGCUGGAGUUCAUGGACCACCCGGAGAUGCUGGAUCUCCCGGACCUCAAGGUGUACCCGGAAGACAAGGUCCUGAAGGUCCCAAAGGAAAUCCCGGUUCAGCUGGACCAAAAGGAGAGGCCGGAUUCCCCGGAAGACUUGGUGACCGUGGUGCCCCUGGUCCACCCGGAGCUCCUGGUAAGCAGGGUGCCUAUGGACCACCUGGCGCAGAAGGUAAUAAGGGUGAAAUUGGAGAUCGUGGUCGUCCAGGCGAACCUGGACCUGCCGGACUGCGUGGUUUUACCGGCCCCGAAGGUGAACCUGGCACGGUCGGAGCCAAGGGUCCCGAAGGUGCAGCAGGUCUACAAGGUGCUCAGGGAUUGCCCGGUGUCGAGGGUGUUAAAGGUCGUCGUGGCGAGCGUGGUCCAAUUGGUCCUGUUGGUGAGGCUGGAAAACGCGGUAUUCGAGGUGCUGCCGGUGCAGCUGGUCCACCAGGCUUCGAAGGUAGUCGAGGUCCUCCCGGUUUGCGAGGUCCACCCGGUCCUGAGGGUCCACCUGGUGCAAUCGGUAUCAGCGGCGAUCCUGGUCCACUUGGUCCAAUUGGUGAGAAAGGAGCUCAAGGUGACAUAGGAGCCAGCGGUCCCCGUGGAGCUACCGGCCCAAGAGGACCAAGUGGUGUUCGAGGGCAACCUGGACCUACUGGCGAAGCUGGACCCAAAGGUCCACUUGGUGCAAUCGGUCGCCCCGGUUUGGUCGGUUCUCCGGGUAUUCCAGGACCGCAAGGUUUGCAAGGUCCGCAGGGCAUCCGAGGUCCACCGGGUGCGAUGGGUAAAGCCGGUGAACCCGGAGUUAUCGGAACUCGAGGUCAGCGUGGUGAUCGUGGUCCCCGAGGUGAACCAGGUCCACCCGGGCCUUUCGGACCAGCCGGUGAAAAAGGUCAACGAGGUCAAACGGGAAAACGAGGUCCAAUGGGCCCGGAGGGACGUGUCGGUCCAGAAGGCCCUGUUGGAGCUCCUGGUAAACCGGGUGACCCGGNACCCGGGACCAGAUGGAGAACCAGGAAGCAUCGGACCGCGUGGACCGCUGUCAUUCGCGGCAGAGGUGAACGUGGGGCUCCCGGCCAAAUGGGUCCAAUCGGUCCACCCGGUCGAGUCGGAGAAAAAGGCACAUCUGGUCCAAUCGGUCCAGACGGUGCCAAAGGUGAACGUGGUGAGAAAGGUAACAUGGGUGAAAGUGGAUCAGUCGGUGCUCCGGGGCCGGUGGGAAACACAGGUAUUCGCGGUGCCCGUGGCGACAAAGGAGAACAGGGAGCUCCGGGACCACGUGGUGAACCGGGACCAGUCGGUGCACCAGGAGAACGUGGCUCGGACGGACCAAUUGGUCCACGUGGACCUCAGGGACGUCCUGGCAAUAAAGGUCAGCCAGGACUGCGUGGAUUGCAGGGAGACAAAGGUGCACCAGGCGAACAGGGUGAGCAAGGAAUUCCUGGAGAUAUUGGAAACCCGGGUAUACCUGGACCGCCAGGUGCAGUUGGCAUGAAGGGUUUGAAAGGUGAACCAGGUCCUCCAGGUGCUCGGGGUGAGCCCGGUGAACUGGGACCCAAAGGACCUCAAGGUCCAUCCGGGCCGAAAGGUCUUCCGGGUCUUCCGGGACGUCAAGGAGAUCGUGGCAAACCUGGAGAUCAAGGUGAUCAAGGUCCGGCUGGAGUUGCUGGUACACAGGGUCCACAAGGUCCGGAAGGUGAACGAGGUCGACCAGGUCCACCAGGAGUGUCCGGACAGGCUGGGGCAAAAGGUGAUACUGGUGAACCUGGGUUGCCCGGUCCGACCGGAACAAGUGGUCCGCCAGGACCUGCUGGACUCGCUGGCGAGAAGGGUGAUCAAGGUGAUGCUGGCUUACCGGGCAUUGUUGGCCCUCUCGGCCCAGUUGGUGAGCAAGGACCAAGUGGACCACCCGGUCCCAUUGGACCACCGGGCCUCGUUGGACCUAUGGGCAAAACUGGACUACCGGGUCCUCCUGGACAAGCUGGAGUUGCGGGUCGUGCAGGUCAACAAGGUCCGCCAGGCAAAGACGGACAAAUGGGCAAACGCGGUCCUCGUGGUGAAGAAGGUCCUCAGGGUCCAGACGGAAAUCGUGGUCUGAUUGGACCACCCGGAUCAACCGGCACACGUGGUCCGCCCGGUGAACGGGGUCCCCAAGGUCCAAGAGGAAACCGUGGUCCACCUGGAAUCCAAGGCCCUCCUGGACCAAUGGGUAAGCCAGGUCCUGCAGGCCCACAGGGUAAACGUGGUGAGGAAGGAUUCCAAGGCAAGCGCGGUGAACCUGGUGAUGCCGGAGUUCCCGGCCCGAAAGGUAGUGUUGGCCCAGAUGGAAAACAAGGUGAGGCUGGUGAUCGUGGUGCAGCCGGAAACAUGGGUUUGAUGGGCCCACCAGGAGACAGUGGACCACCGGGUUUGCCCGGACCACCCGGAUCUCAAGGACCUCAAGGUCCAGCGGGUACGAUCGGUCUGAAAGGAGAACCCGGAGUGAUGGGCAAUGUUGGACCAAUGGGACAAGUUGGACCAAUGGGAUUACCGGGACCUCAAGGUCCUCCAGGAGAUCCGGGUCCAAGAGGCGCAGAUGGACCACCGGGGUUGCCAGGUCUCCCAGGACCUCCAGGGGAAUUCAAAACAGACUACACUUCACUUUUCAGUCGACCUCGUGACGGUGAUUCGGAAAUGAUGGCUGAUCAAGCGCACACCCGAAGUCGACGAUGGGCUGAGGAUGAAUACGAUCCCAGCGCGGAGAGCGAUCCAAAUGAUGAGAAUGAGGAUGUGUUUGAAGCACUUCGACGUGUUGGUCGCAUGGUCGCUGGUCUGUACAGUGGAAGUGGCACACAAUUUGAUCCGGCCCGUACUUGUGCCGAUCUGAAGCGGGAUCAUCCAUCGAAAUCAGACGGUAUCUAUUAUGUUGAUCCGAACGGUGGUCACUGGAGGGACGGCUUGGUCGUCUAUUGUCGUCUGAGCGGAAUGGAGACUUGUGUAGCUCCCGUGGUCGAACAGAUGCCCUAUGUACAACUGAAACACGACAAUGUGGCCAAAUGGUACGCCGAGCUUGUUCUAAACACACCCAAUCCGCAAAUUGAAUACCAAAUGCCAAAGGAUCAAUUGGUAUUCUUGCAGUUGUCCAGUGAAGUGGGAAUACAACGGGUCAAGAUCAAUUGUCGAAGCCUACAGGGCGCUCAGGAACCAAUUCUUCUCAGCGAUGACGGCCGAAUGAUCCGUCUAAAUACCAGUGAACCAUCUAUUUCUAUUCAAAUUGAAGAAAACACAUGCACCGCUAAAGAUUCCGGCAGUUUGUUGGUCACUGUACGGACAAAACAACCCAAUCUACUCCCGAUUCGGGACGUGAAACUAUUCCAUGGUCAUUCGAGUGCAGGCGGUGCCUCGUUGGAAAUUGGCACGGUUUGUUACGGUGGUGUGGACCCCGAAGAGCCCAAGUUUUUGGACUUGUUCAAGUCGGACGAGGAUGCAUCGGAACCGCCGUUAAACGACGAUUUGUUUGAUAAAGAGGAUCUUCAAGCGGCAAUGCUCAGAGGAACAACCCGAACAUCAUGA